ACGUGAUCUGUCAGAUUAUUUUUAUUUACAUCGGAUGUUUUUUAAUGAAGUGAAUUAUAUUGAUAUUAAAUAAUUUUCUCCAUUUGUGUUGUGUUUAACAUGAAAAUGAGGAUAAGAAUCUUAAUCGGGAUUGCUGUGAAAUGUGGUGUGUGACGUAAUGGCCUUGUUAGAAAAAAUCUUUCUUACAAAUGGAAAACUAAGUUAUGGCUUUCGAAAUUCACUCCUUGUGAGCAGAUCCCGUGAAACAGAAUUGGAGCAAGUGCGUUUGCUUCUAUACAAAGAGUGUGAUAGACGUGGAAGAAGAGUGCUUUUUGAUUCGUCUACAAUAGAAAAGUUGCCAGCUUACAAGAAUGAUGUGCCAGAUUAUGGAGAAACGGAGAAGUUGCCAUGUAUUGUGGAGGUGGUGGACGGAUUCAAAUACUUGUAUAAGGGACCAGCAUCAGACGCGGGCAUGCUCGGUGAGAUGAUAUUCGGAGCUGUCGCUAUGAACUGUAAGAGUGUGUCAUUCAAAAUUCACAUCAUGGACGACCCAAAAAGGUUGAUGUGUACAAAGAUGUUCUUCGUGCCAACGUCCCGUCGCAUAAGUCGUGCGGAUCGCAAGACGGACAUCAACGCGAAUGUAACAAGCGAACUGAGGAGUCGCUCGUCACCUCUAAAUGUUCCGUUGGCGAGGGAGGAGGGCGUGUCGCUGAGCUUUUCAAUCGAUAGAGGAGAUUCCGGUUUCUAUGGCGACUAUUCGUACAGUACCAUUGGAUCCAAUGUCGAUUUCUUUUCGAUGCUGGACACCUGGGAUGGAAACAUGCAAUCUGAAUAUUCGUUUACAUCGUCGCCCGGCCGCAAGCUCAGCUCGUCGAGCGUCGGCAGUUGGCAGCGCAGAACCUUCCAGAGCAUGGCAACUCGAUUCGAUCUCACCUCCACGUCAUUGCGAGUUCCCACAGUUACGACGGUCUCUAGUAACGAUUCGCAGAUGUAUAGCAAUAGUGUGACAAGUGGGACGAGUGAUAGUCUCGCGAGUUCGUCGGCGGUGUCUCGAAGGACCAAAUUGGGCUUGGCGCUGUUGAUCACCGUGGCGGAGAGUGCUGAUAUGGACGUAAUACGCCGUUGUGUGCAACAUUCCAACCAACUGCAGUCGCUCGUGUGUCGCUUGCGACUGGCCACGUUGCGGGCGGGCGCUGAACGCAAGUUCGUGUCUACCCUCCACGCGGCCACCGAAGACGCGGCUAGGUGGUUAUCAGACCUUAUGUUUGGCACGCGACUGCAACCGGUAUGGCUGAACCUGGUCACCAGCGAGGAAAGGCAGAGGAACAAGAUAGCUGAAACAUUACUAUCCGAUUUGUGCUCAGUCAUCGGUGUGGGGGACACCAAGAGUACUAACUUUUUCAUCAGCACCCUCCUGACUCACGUGCUCACUUACCACCUGGGCUGGGUGACGACUGUUAGUCCCUACGAUAUAGUCGACGCAACAGAGCUACCACUAAAGCGAGAUUCGCAAAGAACCUACAAUGCACUGUGGGCGCAGUUGGGUGACCUCUGCGGCAGUAUCGGCUUCCCGCCGCGGACUGCCAGGACUAUCGUCGCGGGAUCCACCAAUAGGCAAUUCAUCAACAGACUUUUAAGUGUUCUAACAUAUUUCAUGCGAUGUGGCGAUGUGAAGAGAAGCGAUUUUGUGUAUGAAGGCUUUGAUCAGAGUCAAAGCAAAGUGACGUGUGUUAAAAAAAUUGAAAAAUCUUUUAUGGAAAGCUUAGAAGUAUGUUCAGUGGAAAACGUUAGUGGUAGUGAUAGUACGUUGUGUUACAAAGACAAUUUAACGAUUACAUCCAAUGAUCCAGUAGCGAGUGAUAACCAGAAAAGUUUGUUGAGCGCGAUUGAAGUUGGCCUUAAAAAAUCCACAACAGUCACUAAUUUAAGUCAAAAGCUCUCUAAACCAGAAUAUGCCUUAGAUUCUAGUUCUUGUUUGAGUAAUGCGUCAAAGGGUAAUCAAAUGCGGAGGAAUCCUUCAAUAAUGAUUUCGUUCAAGGACUCCUCAGAUUCAAGCGAGAAAUCAUCCGUGUCCGACCAGAGUGAUGUGGAAAACAAAGUUUUGUUCGUGCUCGGUGAUAAUGAGAAACUAGUCGGUUUGAAGAAUAAAUCUGGCGGCAAAAGCGUGAAAAAGUCAUCGAAAGUACAGAACGAGCCGGUCCACGUGGAACCGCAGAAAUUGGGAGCGGAGGAAAAGAAAGAGGACUGCAGUGAACAUUGUGAUCGUAACCAGCCCAACGGCAACAGCAGCACAAAGUGCUGCAACCAAACGCUUCAACAUUCCAAACCUAUCAAACAUUCCGGUUUUAAGUUCGAGUUCGAUAAGUACCCACAGAUAGUGACCAAUUAUAUGAAGAGCAAAAACUUAGAGAUUCUAGAUAGGCACUACAUCGGGAAACCGGGGAACUUGAAGUUGGACAAUUUCCAGUUCGAUCCGACCGUCGUGCCGCAAAUACAGGAGGAGACGUGUGAGACUUGCUACAAAUGCCAAAUGAUGGAAUCUUUGCUGCAAACGCCUACGAACGCUUCUGAAAUGGAAUAUAUGAAUGAUAUGCCAAGACAAUUGGAACCGCAAUACGCGAAGGAAACGAUCGUACACGAGCCGGAAAAACAUAGAGAGCUAUCGCCCAAAACAUUUGUGAGGAAGAGGAAAGAAAACACAGUGAUCAUUAACGCUAAGAAAAACGACAUUAGGCGGAAAGAGAAGGAUGUAUUAGAUUCAGUUAGUGAAAGAGAGACGGUAGACGUAAAAGAAGUGAUAGAAUUUCCCCUGACGGGGAUAAGUUUUAAGACUGCAUUGCAAGUUCGUUCCGGUUUCGAUGUGUCGCUACUGGGCGGGGUCACCGACCAUUAUGUACCUGAUUUAAUUUUACAAGGGACCCUAGCAAGUCCAAAAGUGUGGGAAGCAGAUUUGAAGAGAGAUUUAGAUUUGACUUUGUACCUGAAUAAAACUUUAGAUUCGCCGAUGCAGGCAGUCGCUAUUAUUGGAGACACGAAUACAUGGGAAGUCCGCGUGGUGGGGCGCGGGGUGGGGUGCGGCGGGCUGUCGCCGCUGGUGGGCGGCAUGCUCGACGCGCUGCCCGCCAUGCGCCGCGCCUGCGUGCCGCCGCAGCAGUGCCUCCUUUUCUUAGAGAGCAAGUUACGCGAGUUCUGCGUGUUGUCAAAGACGCUAGCUGAUAUGCUUAUGUCAACGGAUUUCUGCGACAUCAACACGCUCACCAAGUCUUUGAAUAUCGAUGUCAAUGACGUGCCUCUGCUACUAGCCGUGGCCACCACACACACUCCACAGGUCGCUGCGAGAUAUGGUAUUAGUUAUAGGUAGUCGAUGGGCUACGAAUAAAACUUAUACGAAUUAGGUCAUCCACGUUCCUGGGGUGGGAGGUAGUCCAGAUUGUAAAAUGGGACCAAAUGACAACAUGUUUCUUUCAAAUAGAAAAAGAAUCGCGUCAUCCGGUU